UUUCACAUGAAUAUAUACGUAUAUAACAUCAUGUCACACACAUCUUCUAUAACGUAGUGAGACAGGCUGAAAAAUUUUCUAAUAUAUUAUUAGAAAUAGUAGGAACUACGUGCAUUAUUGUUUUCUUUGUGUAUAUAUUAUACGGUCUUUAUGAUUGUCACUUUAUGAUUUAGUCGAGAUUUAUUUUCGAAUAAGUAUAAUAUGAUAAAACGUGCAAUAUUGUUUUAUAUCAUCAAAUUAUUAGACUAUUAUGCUUGAUGCAAUACGUAAACGCGGAUUGAUGUGAUUCGAAAAUAGCGGAGUCUCAAUCCAAUAUUUUAAGAUAUUACUUUUUAUCACAACCCAAUUAAUGGUGCGACGAAGCAGUCGCAUCAGCGACUUUUGUGUGUUAAGAUGAAUCUCGGAUAUAGUGAGAGAAUAUUCUAUUGGCUAUUCCUAAUAAUUUUGCUUUUUCACCUACAAGUAGGUGCAAAUUAUUUUAGAACUAACAACAAAAGAGAUGACCAAUGUUUCUGCAAGUUGAAAGGAUCUAUAGACGAUUGUACUUGUAAUGUAGAUACUGUGGACUAUUUUAACAAUAUGAGAAUAUAUCCGAGAAUUCAAAGUCUUCUAGGCAGAGAUUAUUUUAGGUUUUAUAAGAUAAACCUGAACCAGAAUUGUCCAUUCUGGGCAGACGAUAGCAAAUGUGCUAUUCGUUAUUGUCAUGUGCUGCCCUGUCAAGAUAACGAUAUCCCAGAAGGUUUAAAGGGAGAGAUUCCAAGAGAUAUUCAUAUUAAUGAAAGCCCAGUGGAUAAAUAUAGAUCAGAUGCACAAAUUACUGACUGCAGACAUAGCUCUAGAGAUCAUAAUAUGGAACUCGGUUUCUUAAACACAACAAUUAGUUCAGAAAAUUACAAAGAAUUUGAACGAUGGCAGCGGCAUGACGAUGCACAAGAUAAUUUUUGUGUAAAAGAAUCUAGUCAAGGGGAAUAUGUGGAUCUUUUACUUAAUCCUGAGAGAUAUACAGGAUAUAAAGGAGUCAGUGCACGCAGAAUAUGGCGAAGUAUUUACAUGGAAAAUUGUUUUAGACCUGAAAACUCACCUCACAUUUUUAUACAAUCUUCUAAGAUAAAUAGAAUGUGUUUAGAGAAACGAGUUUUUUACCGAGUUAUAUCUGGCUUGCAUGCUAGCAUUAAUAUACAUUUAUGUUCAAAAUAUUUGUUAGCCCCUCAAGAUGGCUUACAAGUCUCGUCUGAUAAUCAAUGGGGUCCUAAUUUGGAAGAGUUACAAAGAAGAUUUUCUCCUGAAACAACAGGUGAUGAAGGUCCAAACUGGCUUAAGAAUUUGUAUUUCACUUUUUUACUUGAAUUAAGAGCUCUGGCAAAAGCUGCACCUUAUUUAGAAAGAGAAGAAUAUUAUACAGGUAAUGAAAUGGAUGAUGAAGAUACAAGAUUGGCCAUGAAUGAUAUAUUGAAUGUCAUCAAAUCAUUCCCAGAACAUUUUAAUGAAACUGUUAUGUUCACUGGUGGAACAGAAGCACAAUUGUUGAAAGAAGAAUUUAGGCAACAUUUCAGAAAUAUUUCACGUAUUAUGGAUUGUGUGGGAUGUGAUAAAUGUAAGCUAUGGGGUAAAUUGCAAAUUCAUGGCCUGGGUACUGCGUUAAAGAUAUUAUUCUCAGGAAAAUUUGAUAGAUGGAAACCAACACUUAAUAAUCUUAAUCGAAAGUCGUUUUUCCUAGAAAGAAGUGAGAUUGUUGCUUUGGUGAAUGCUUUUGGAAGGCUAUCAGAAAGUAUUUUUGAGUUGGACAGGUUCCGCGGGAUGAUGAGAUAACAUAUAGUAUCAGCUUAUAAUUAAAAACUUUUCAAUAUCACUGAAAAACAUCACAUAAAGACAUCACUCAGAUUUUCUACCUUGUUUUAGCUUGCUUUAUUUGUAGAAAAUGAAUUUUGUUGUACUAAUCUUAUUGAAUGCAUAUUUGUAUUAGUAUAAGUGUUUUGGAUGUUAUAUAUUUACAUAACUAAAUAAUUAAUAAUAGAGUCGGUCGGAAUUUUUUAUCGAGUUUUAUCCUUUUUAAAGGGCAAGGUGAAGAGAAUUUGUUAUUUUAUUGGGAUCAUUUAUUCAAUUAUAUUAGUAUAAUUUUGAAACUGCAUAAAUGCCAGUUUACAUAUGUUAGCUCUAAUUAGAUUUGUAAAUAUUUCUUCCAAUGCUAUGUGAAAGCUAUGUAUAUACAUACAUACACAUAUAAUAUAUGAGGGGAAGUCAGAAAAAAUAAGAUUUUCAACUCGUUUACUGUUUUACCUCUUUAUUUUUGUUGAAGUACUUAAAUCUCUCAAAUAUACAUGUAUGUUUACAUUAUUUUUUCACAUAGUUGCCUUCUCUGUUAAGGUUGUAUUUGUCUAGAUGGUAGAUCCAUCAAAACUCUGUUGGCAAAAAGUGUGGUCCUGUUGAAAAAUAGUGUAUAAGGAUGUAUAUGUUUGAGAGAUGUAAGUAUCUCUCAACAAAAAUAUAUAAAGUAUUAAAAAAGGAAACAAGUUGGGAACCUUAUUUUCUGACUUAUUUCUUACUUUCUGACUCCUCUCGUAUAUAUGUCAGGAGACCAAUUACACCAGUGUUUACUUAUGCAAGUUGAUAACCAAGUGUAUUCUUCUUAUAUCAAUGAAUAGGAUAAUAAUAUAUGAAGAGAAAAUAAAGAAAAAAAAUCAUUAAGCUACUUAACUGAAGAAAAAAUUAUUGGUGCGAUUACACAUACAUACACACAUACAUACAAUACAGAUAUAUGCGAAAAAAUGUAAUUAGACAUAUUUAGUAAGAUAUUGUUCUCUGAAUUGAUAUUUUCUUCCGAUUUA